AUGUCACAGGAUGGUUUCCCUUCAAUAUUAUUCUUCGAUGUCCUGGGGACGAUUGUGGAAUGGAGAUUUUGCAUCGCAAAAGAAUUGAACACCGCAGCACAAAGGGCUCUGCAAGACGAAGCUCGAUCUCUGAGCCCCGAUAUUCGAGCACGUGUCUCUGAUAUGUCUACUUCGUGCUGGCAGGAGAUCUCCGAGGAGUGGCAUGGCGCAUAUAUGAACUUCGGAAACACCUAUGAUGCAUCUAAAUCCUUCAUCUCAGUCGAUGAGCACAACCACAAUUCGUUAGAGAAUAUUCUCACCAAACGGUCUCUCCGGGAAUUAUUUAGCGAGGACGAUCUCGACAAUUUGACACUCGCUUGGCAUCGACUUGACUCAUACCCUGACAGUGUGCCAGGGCUUUCGUUACUGGACACUAAGUUUCCGAUAUCUACAUUAUCCAACGGCAAUGUAAAACUGCUCGAAGAUCUAAAAGGGUACAAUUCUUUGCCUUUCAAGCACCUCACCAGUGCAGAGCAUUUUGGGGCUUACAAGCCGUCGCCGGAGGUCUAUCAUGGUGCUGCGAAGAGAUUUGGCUUUAGCAGCUCGCAAUGCUGUCUCGUCGCAGCACAUCUUGAGGACUUACAAGCGGCCAAAAGGUGUGGGUUUCAGACAAUCUAUCUCGAGAGACCCUUGGAAGAAGCUUGGGAUAGUAAAGGCGUUGCACGAGCCAGAGAAGAGGGGAUUGUCGAUUUUUGGGUUAGACUUGGAGGCGAAGGACUGAUUGAAGUUGCUCGACAUUUUGGAAUAGAAAGUGCCAUUUGA